AUGCUGUACCUGACAGUGCCGUACCACGUCAGUCUGCCGGCUGCAUCUGACACGGAGGUGGCGUAUACCUUCGGCUUGUCAGAGUGGGAGAUCUUCUGGCCCCUUGUGGCUGGAGCUACACUCGUCAUCGCUCCACCAGGUGGCGAGAAAGAUGCGGACUAUCUUCUGCGCCGUGCAUGCAACGCGUUCACUCCCCCGUGCCCGAAGGAAGAUGCUCGGCUGCUUCCUGGAAGGGGACCGUCUCCCGAUCUGAUCCACUGCGUGGCCGCACAUGUGUUCGUGCCUUCUAUGCUUCAGAUGGUCCUCGAGAAGUACGAUGAGCUGGAGGAAGAGGACUUGCAGCGCAAAGCUGAAGAGCAUCAUUCGGAAGGUACGUGGUGGCAUCACUCCAAAGCCCGGGAAGUGAUCACGUGUGGAGAAGCAUUGAGCCCGGCCCUGGCACAGAAAAUGUUCUCCCGUUUCCACUGCACGCUGACCAACUUGUACGGCCCCACGGAAGGUGAGAUGAGCUACUGGGACGUUCCACAGGGCCGUGCACUGCUGCGCGUUUCCGCUGGUCGCCCUAUGGAAGGCUGCAAGGUGGUUUUGACGGACUUGCGGGACCAGAAGCCUGCAGGGAGCCUGGAGCCUGCAGAGAUCGCCUUUGGUGGGCCCUUCAUUGCACGUGGCUACUUGGGGAGGCCAGAUCUGGACGCACAGGCCUUUGUCCCUGACUUCACGGCCACGCCUCACAAGAGCUCUUUCAGUGGACUGAACAUCACAGAAGAGAUCAGCAAUGCCCCGCUGCUUGGAAAGUCGGUAUCAAAUGGAUCUAAUGGUUCUGAUCCGACACAGAAGCAAAAUGACCGUCUCUACAUGACAGGUGAUCUUGGCCGAUGGCGUGCUGGUGGUGUCGUAGAUUUGCUGGGCCGUAAAGACUUCCAGGUCAAAUUGCGGGGCUUCCGCAUCGAGCUUGGAGAAAUCGAGGCUGCCUGCAGAGCGGCGGGCGCUCGGGCUUCGGUCUGCCUUUUGAAGAAGAGCAGCAAUGGGACGCAGGCGCUCGUGGCCUACUACGAGCCAGGUCCCGACCAGGAUGUGCCGGAAGCGGCCGUCCGCAAGUCCUGCCAGAAGUCUCUGCCACCGUACAUGCAGCCGCAAAGCAUCGUGCAAAUGGAGCAGCUUCCGCGAAACACAAAUGGUAAGAUUGAUCGGAAGAUGCUUCCGGAACCCCCUGCGAUUGUCGUGAACCAGACAGAGGAGGCAAUGCCAGAAACACCAGUGCAGAAAGCCACUGCGGUCGCAAUUGCAGCUGUGCUAGGCCUUCCAGUCGAGAUGGUUCAGUUGGACUCGGACUUUCAAGAGAUGGGAGGAAAUAGCCUCCUCAUGGGCCGAGCCAGUUCGGCCAUCAAGAAAGCUUUCGGGCUUUCCACCUUUAAAGGAACGACGGUCUACCAACUUGGUACUGUCCGACGAAUCGCGGCGGCAGUCGAGAAUCUUCUUGCUCAAGAGACGGACACAGGCCAACUGCAAUCAGAGCCGUCAGGAGCCUUGGCACUCCAACCACAAAGAUCCCCGUACAGCUCCACUUCAGCAUCCUCUGUCUGCAUCCAGGCCGUCAGCGUCUUCUGCAUGAAUUUUCUCUUCCAGAGCCAGGCUUGGUCUCCGAUUUGGUGGGCAGCCUGGUUCAUCUACGAGUACUACGGGCGUACAAUGCUCUUCCUUUACCUGCCAUUUGCCGCUCUUCUGGACCUUGUGAUGAUGUUCACUGCUGUGGUUCUGCUGAAGUGGCUGAUCGUGGGGCGAGUGAAGCCAGGCACCAUGAGUCUGUGGUCAGCAGAGUACUACAGAUGGUGGUUUGUGAACACCCUCUUGAGCCACACGUUGAAGCUGGCCAUGCCCCUCGUGGCUGAUACAUCGAUUGCCAGCUCUGUGCUGCGAGCCUUAGGUGCAAAGGUGGGUGAGGGGGCCAGAAUUGGAGUUUUCAGCGUGCAUGACCCGGACCUACUGGAAAUCGGUGCGCACGCGACAAUCGGUAAGAAGGCCAAGCUGGCCACCUCCAGCGUUCUUCAUGGCGGCGUCCACCUGGGCCCCAUUCGCAUAGGUGACCGCGCAGCUGUCGGCCCGACGGCGGUCCUGGCACAGGACACUGUGGUACCUGCUGGAAAGGCCGUUCUGCCGCUUUCAACGAUGCCAGGCUGGCAUGGUUCAGUGGGUUCUGUAGCUUUCCGCGAUGCGCAGCCGCCACGUACCUCUGAAGACUUUGAUCGGAAACAAAAUCUAUUGCGUCUUUUGUUCGGCAUGCCAGUCGUCCUACUGGCCGAAGUCAUUCCGUACUAUCUCACGUACUUCGUGCUGGUGUGGACGUAUGAUGGUUUGUAUGCCGAGAACAAGUACACAGCUUUUGCAAUUUGGAGCGUUCUCUUAUCCUGGAUCUAUGCUCAUCCGAUGUGGUUCUUUCGCCUGGCCGUGGUCAUCUUGCAGAAGCGCUUGCUGAUAGGCGAUUUUCGCAAGCAGCAGCAGGAGAUCAACCAUUGGACUGAAUGGAAGCACUGGGUACACGCUCGCGCUGUUGAGUCGCAUGACUUUGAGGAAGCCUGCGAAAUGUUCACGAAUACUGAGAUGCUCUCUUACAUCUAUCGUGCAUUGGGCACCAAAGUUGGGAAGCGUGUUCAGAUCGAUCAGCUUAGUUUCGUGGAGAAUGACUGUGUCACAAUCGACGACUACGUCGUGUUUGGCAGUGAAGUCAUGCUGUAUACGGACACACAGGCGCCCUGGGUGCCCGAGGAGUACAACAAGAAACUGCAGAAGAGCCGAGGACUGCUGCGACGAUAUGCGGACAUCCACAUCUGCCAAGCCGCCAACGUUCUGGACCAUUGCUCGCUUUUACCGGGAGUAAAAGUGGCAGAGCGUGCAGUACUCGGCACUUGCACACUGGCCUCGGCUGGUAGCUACUAUCCCCCGCUUGCAAUCCAUUCCGGCAGUCAGCGAGGUCGAUCAAUGCACCUGCGGGACUCGUUUUCGUCUCCUGCAAUGCGGGCCCUGGAAGACAAAACAAUGCAAGACCUGGACAGUCCAGUCACUUGGUGGAGAUUCAACCUCGUGAUACUUCUUGUCAUCUUGAUAGCGAAUCCACUGCCGGAAGCAGCGUGGGUUGCGACGUACUUCGGAGUGACCUCAAUCUGGGAUGUUGACAGUGGCUCAGUUCUGACUCUGCUCAUCGUCACGCCAUUCGUGUAUAACUUCAUCGAGUUCAUUCUGUUGCUUGCCAACAUCGCCUUGAAAUGGAUCAUCAUUGGCAAGUACGUUGCGGGGGAGUACAAGUUCUUUGGCAGCUAUCAUAUGCGGUGGAUGAUUAUGAUGAUUUGUGGAUCAGGAAUUUCCGCGCUUCAGGAUUGCCUUCAUGGGACCAUAUUUGAGGUGUGGCUGGCACGAGCCUGUGGUGCCAAGGUUGGCAAGGAAUGCUAUUUGGCGGGGCUCAUGGUCGAAUACGACUUGCUGACUAUAGGUGACCACGUCUCGAUCGGAUCUGGGUGCGACACAACUGGCCAUACUGUAGAGAACAUGGUUAUCAAACUCGCCCCGACAAGGAUCGGAGACGGAGCAGCUCUUCUGCCAGGUUCGUUUGCAAUGCCCGGUUCCGUCGUAGAGGACGAGGCUGUACUAAUGGAACAUACACAGGUGCUGAAAGGAGAGACUGUGCCGGCCAGAGAGGUGUGGGCAGGAAUUCCUGCAUCUGGCUGCCAGCCAACUGCUGGGACUGGUGCGAGAAGCUGA